UUUUGAAAGUGCUCGUCAUUAACUUCCGGGGUCGGGCUUGUAUCUGAGCUAGUUUCAUAUUUUGGUCUUAGACCAUAUGCCUUUCGUGAUAAACAUUAAAGUCCCUGUUUUGCCAACAUUUUGAAGAACAAAGCUGCUGAAACUCGGAGGUAUUUAUCUCUUUUGACGUCCUUAUAGAAGUUAGUUCUGGUCAUGGCUCGCUGUGUUUACUGUCAGUCUUGAUGCUGCAUUGGCAGCCACGUUAUCGCCUGUAACUCUGUAGUGAAAUUAGGGAAAUACAUUUUAAUCAACAACCUUUUCUUCUUCCUCUUUUUAGCUUUAACUGCUAUGGAAGCCUGUUAAGUGGAUUGCUACAGGACGCUAAGUAAGCUAUCUUAACAUGUUAGCCUUAGCCGCCUGUCUGUGUUUGGUCGCUCUGUUUGUGUAUUUGUCCUAAACUAUGUCCUGAAAACUCAUAUGUGACUGUUUCUAUCUACCUUACAAACAGUUUGCACUCAUGUCGGCCAGGAGCGACGGUGUGGAGUGGGUUGAGACAACGGAGGAGGUUGUAAUAGUGGAGGAGUGCCUUUCCCCUGUAAACACCACCUCCGCAGGUUUGAGAGGUUUCUAACUUUAUGCCAUAUUUUCGUCUAUGAACACGUGUUAUUGCUUGUUGAAAACAGUGUCUCUAUUUUUACAGUUAUACCAGUGUUAGAGCCAGAGGAAACACCCAUCCAGAGGUUACUAGAAACUGUGGGACAAGGAGAUAACCCUGAGGCAGAUGAUGGGUUCUGUAAGCAGGAGACUUCCUUCAUAGACAGCAUCCUUGCACUGAAUGUGACAUUUUCACGAUUUUUAGCUUUUGUUCAAUAAUGCUACCUUCUUCUUCCUUUUUCUAGAUUGCAAGGAGUGUGUACCUCUCUUCCAGGCCCAGAGUGACCCAGCGAAUCUCAACGGCCCAUCUUUUAUCCUGGACUUUCCAACAAGUAUAGGAGUCCCGCAGAGAGCCCUGCUCACUAUUCCUUAUGGCCUCAUGAUUGGCAGAUCUAGUGUCCCCGGUGCAGGGGUAGGGGUCAUAAAUCACGGGCCCAUAGUGUCUCCAGGGAUGCAUUUUGGACCGUAUGAGGGGGAAAUGACAACAAGGGAAAAUGCAGUGCAGAGUGACUUUUCCUGGGAGGUGAGCAGAGAUACAUUUAUGUAAAACCGCCUUCAUGUUCAUGGUUAUAUCAAGCUUGGACUUGUGGUAUCCGUUUGUUGUCUUUGAAAACUUUUUACUUAGGUGUUUAUUUAAAGAUAUGUCUUUUUUUCUGCAGAUUUAUAAAGGAAAAGAUGAGUAUGAGUAUAUUGAUGCUGCCAGCGAUUCACACUCAAACUGGAUGAGGUAACGAAACACAUUUGGCUACGGGCUCUAUGUUAGUCUGUUUCCAUCUGGAUAUUCCGGCAUCAAAUUAAGUUAGGGUCAAACUCACUGUAACACCGAGUUAUACACCCCCUUGAGGGAUGAAUGUUGCCGACUGCUUGCUUCUCUAGUUAUACCAACUUUAGUAAUGACCGCAGAUAGCAAUACAGACAGUCCAUUACGGACUGCUGCGGGGUUUCACAGUUCAAGGAAGAACAUUUAUGAUCAUUACUUUAUCAUUUCCUUGAAGUAAUAAUCACCAUAUUGAUCAUUUUGCACUGCAGACGCGGUAGUUCUUCUGCCUCAGCGUCUCGGUCUGAUUGCAUUUCCAUGAAGAAACGAUCAUAAAUGUUCUUCCUUGAGCUGCGUCACCCCGCAGCAGUCCGUAAUAGACUGGCCCGACGUCUCGCUACAAACAAGCAGCCGCUGAGAGUAGGUGAGUUGUGUUUAGUCUCUUUGCUAAAGAAAUUAGGCAAAGCUAAAAAGAUGUUUGGUGGCUAGUGCUAUGGCUAGGACAUUAUAAGUACUGUUGAUGAAGCUAGGUGCUGUUCUGAGCAUUAUUUGUGGCUAUAGAGUGGUGUUUUGGUUGAGCAUGUGGCUUUGCUAUCCUGUGGUCGUUACUAAAGUUGGUAUAACUAGAGAAGCAAGCAGUCGGCAACAUUAAUCUCUCAAGCAGGUGUCUAAGUGUUAUGGUAUGUUUGACACUAAAUUAAUUUCAUGCUGGAAUAUCCCUUUAAUAUUGUGCUUGAAUCCCACAUUGAGACUAUAGAUAAACAGGCCUAAAGUUUUAAAUCAGCAGUGCGCCAUUUUGACUUAGGCUCCAUGUUUCUAUUUUUGUUCCUGUUCCUCUUGUAGAUAAAAACAAGGGAAUAUUUGUGAAGUUUAGACAAGAAGCUUAGUCUAUUGUCUUCAUUCAUGUCACUUAAGAAAUCUGAACAAACUGAGACCGAGGAGUGUCCUGUAGGGAAAGAUUUGUUGACUGUCGAAGCUGUGUGCUUGUUUAAAAAAGUGUGAAUAGGAGUGAUUUACUUAUUCCACCUGGUUUCAUUCACCUCUUCUGUUCCCGCACAGAUUCGUGAAACGUGCUCGUAACAAAGACGAGACCAACCUGCUCGCUGUCCAGUACAAAGGCAGCAUCCUGUAUCAUUGUUGUCGCAACAUUUUACCUGGAGAUGAGCUCAUGGUGUGGCCCAGCAGCAAACUUUUCGACCACUUUAGUGAGACUUGGAAUCAGGUGUGGCUGGAAAGACUGAAUGCAACAGGUACCUCCUUCUCUGCGUUAGUUUCUCUGACCACAAACAAGUUGAUGAAUGUAUAAUUCUUAUAUUUGACCCUAACUAUUUUUUGUUUUUCCUUCCUCCUCUUUAAAAUCACAGUGAGUUUUCCUGCAGCAACACAUCAGAUCUUCCUCUGCUCCCACUGUCAGCUCACUUUCACCACAGAGUCUUUCCUCCAGCGACACGCACAACACUUCCACAAGCAGCCGACGGACGAUGGUACUCUACCAGCUGCAGAGGCGAGCGACCAAAAAACACCUGCUUCAAUCGCCGACUGUGAAGCAGCCCUGGUGCUGCUAUCUGCCGAUCCUGUGGAGUCCCACAUAUGCGGGGAUUGUGGGAAAGUUUUCAAGCAAAUGCCUCACCUGAGGAGGCACAAGCGUUGCGUCCACUCCAACAAGCGUCCGUACUGCUGCCCGCAGUGCAGGAGGAGUUUCAGCCAGGCAUCCGGCUUAAUCAGACACCAGCUGGUUCACAGGAAUCACGCUGUGGUGAACGAGAUAGACGCUGCUGCAGAUCAGAAUAAGGAAGAGAACUCUGAGUCGGAGCGUUUGAAUUCUGCAGAUCCAUCUGAGGAGGCGAGGGAAAUAGAUAAGGAGGUACAAGAAGCUGUGGAUGAAAAUGGAAGUGAAAAUACCUCUGCAGGAGCGGCAGAAAAGUCCCAACCCAGUUGUUCAGAAUGCGGGAAAAGCUUCACGAGCGAGGGUUACCUGAAGAAGCACAUGCUGACUGUGCAUAAAGGGAUACGUCCUUAUGUCUGCACUGUGUGUCAAAAAGGCUUUGGCCAGUACAGCGACCUGAACAGACAUCUGCGGGGUCACCAGACCCAAAACAAAAGAGCCAAGAAAACAGAUCAGGAUCCAAAAGAAUCUACGAUGACACCUUUUGUAUGCUCUGACUGUCCACUCACUUUUUCCUCAGCUGCGAUCCUUCUGCAGCACACGAAUGAGAAUCACUCAGAGGAGACGACAGGGGGGAACAAAGAGGACGAUCAGAGGCAGGAUCCAGACUUCACUCCACCAAAGUCAGCGACUGAAACGCAAAACUCAGUCCAAGCAAUUCCAGCUCAGAGACCUAAGAGGCUUGGGGCUGGAUCAAAAGUUUCUGCCAUAACGAAGCUCAUCGCUCCGAAACGAAGAGAGGCCAGCUGCAAAAAGGCCAAAAGCAGCUCUGCUCAGACUGAGAGCGGGUCAGAGGAACCUCCUGCAAAGAAUGUAAAGUUGAAGAAGUACAAAUGGUUCAGCUGUAACCGCUGUAAACGAACAUACGGGAAUCAAGAGGAUCUCAAAGCGCAUAAAUGCACAUUCAGGCAGCACAAGUGCGGGCAGUGCGGGGCCACUUUUAUCAAGUCUGGCUUCUUGAAGAGACACGAGCAGACGGUACACGCCGUCUCUAAAUCCUACAACUGCGAGCGCUGCAGUAAAGUCUUCACUACCUCUGCUAACCUGAAACAACACCAGAAGAACAACACGUGCAAGAAGUAUCACUGCACGUCUCAGCUUUUCCCCUGCUCCUUCUGCCAGUUCUCCUUCACCAUGAAGAGCUACCUUAUCAAACACAUCAAGAGGCACCACCCUGUGGAGUACCUGUCGCUUAAAGAUUCAAACAACCUCCCGGAUGAGGAAGAGGAGGAGGAGGGCGAAGAGAGUAUAGAGCGUGAAUGUUCUCACUGUGGGGAGAGCUUUCCGAGCAACAAAGCGUUGAAGUCUCACUCGUGUUUCCAGCAGGUGAAAGUGCUCUACGUGUGCACCGACUGCGGAAAGGGCUUCACCAACCAUUACGGGCUCAAGCAGCAUCAGCGCGUCCACACGGGCGAGAAGCCGCACAGCUGCCCGCACUGCAGUAAGAGGUUUUCCUACACCGGGCAGCUCAACGUGCACCUCAGGACUCACACGGGAGAGAAGCCGUACCUGUGCACGCACUGCGGCGAGAGCUUCAGGCAGUCCGGAGACCUGAAGAGACACGAGAGGAAGCACACGGGGGUGAGGCCCUACAGCUGCCCCGAGUGCUCGAAAAGCUUCAGCCGGCCGCAGAGCCUCAAAGCUCAUCAGAUGCUCCACUUGGGACAGAGGAUGUUUAAAUGUUCACAGUGUGGGAAAAGCUUUUCAAGGAACUAUCACCUCAGGAGACACCACCAGAAGAUGCACCUGUAGUGACGUUUUUGGGCGUGUGAAUGGAAUAAUUGCACUAAACUGUCGAACUGUACAUCCUGAUUUCAGUCUUUAAGAGCUGCAGGGAACUUGUGAAUGUCCUGUAUAUUACAUAACUUUAACCUAUGCGCAUUUAAAACUCAAUUCAUACCUUAGAAAUGUCAUUUCAUGUGAAUAUUUCAUUUUUGAUAGUUACUGAAAAAAAAAAUCCUUUGCAAGUGAAAACGUGAAGAAGCUUCUAUAAACUAUAAUCUUUAAGAGCAAUUCAACACGUGGCACAGAGAUGGACUUCUAGGCUGUAUGACCAGCUGAAUCCACGGACUGUGCGCUUUGGGAAUAUGCUGAGUCUGCAUUUUUAUUAAAAUGACCAGCAGGGGGCGGCUCUGCCAUUUGCAAAUAAGAUUGUAUGAGCCCAGAUGAUAAAAUGACUGAACUCCUUUGCUGAUAUAAACCUUUAGUAAAUGAGUGUGAUGGUCUCAA